AUGUAUCCUUUUUCCCUUAACUCUCCCGGUUUUGUUAACCUCCUCACUUCCCAGAGUAGUCAGCCAAUAGAUUUAGGGUGUUCAGAGGUUCCUAAACCUGCUGAAAGGCGAAAGUGGACAACGAAAGAAGAUGUGGUGCUGAUCAGUGCUUGGCUCAACACCAGCAAGGAUCCAAUCGUGAGUAAUGAGCAAAAGGCAGGAGAUUUUUGGAAGCGAAUAGAGGAGUAUGUAAAUGCUAGCCCUCUGCUUGUUGGCUCCGUUCCUAGGGAGUGGAGUCAAUGUAAGCAGAGGUGGGGAAGGGUGAAUGAGCAGGUGUGCAAGUUUGUGGGAAGUCAUGAAGCCGCUUUGAAGGAGCAGGCGAGUGGACAAAACGAGAAUGAUGUCAUGAAGGCUGCUCAUGACAUCUUCUUUAAUGACUACCAUGCGAAGUUCACACUGGAACAUUGUUGGAGAGAGCUUAGGUUUGAUCAAAAAUGGAGAUCACAUUCUUUGUCGAGAGAGGGUGCAAAGGAGAAAAGGAAGGAACCGGCAGAGGAGGUGGCUGCGGAGGAAGAUGUUAGGCCACCUGGUAUUAAGGCUAGCAAAGCAUCCAAACAAAAGAAGCACGGGAAUGAAGCAGCGUUUGAUCAGAUUGAGAGCAUAUUAGCCGCGAAAAAUCACAUAUCCAAACAGAAAAUCCUUGACCGUCUGCUAGCAAAAAAUGAAGAUAAACUUUCUGCUCAAGAAGUGUGUCUAAAAGAUAAACUAAUCUCUGAAAUGCUUUGA